AUGCCCACCAAAACCCCCACCCCAUCCGACUUCCCCUCCGACCUCACCGUCACCGUCACACCACCGCCCUCCCCCUCCCAAUCCACAACCCCAGCCCCAAACAUCCUCCUCCUACUCCACGGCCUCGGCGACACAGCCGCGUCAUUCACAAAAUUCGCCGAAGCCAUCCGCCUCCCCGAAACAAUCAUCGUCACAAUCCAAGGCACAGCCCCACUCCCUUUCGACCUAGGCGGCUUCCACUGGGGCGACGAUGUCUCCUUCGACUCCGCAACAGGCGCACUAGACAUGGACGCCGGCCUGACGCGCAGCACCAAAACACUCGUGUCAGUCGUGCGCGAGACGCUCGUGCAGAAAUGCGGGUAUGCGCUGCGCGAGAUUAUGAUGCUUGGUUUCGGGCAGGGCGGGAUGGCUGCGCUUGCUGUUGCGCGGGAGUUGGGGUUGAAGGGUAAUGGUAACGGUGAGGUCGGUACUCUCUCUGGGGUUAUUUCUAUUGGUGCGCCGUAUCCGUUAUCUGGGUCUAGGGCUGGUGAUAAGAAUCGGUCGCCGGUGUUGCUGGUUGCUGGGAGGGAUUCGGUGGCGGUUUCGGAUGAGGCGAACAUGGCCUACAACCUCUCAAUAGAAGUGUUCGGACCUGGCGACAGCCCCACACACCGAUCGCAUUGGGGUUUCAUGAUCAACAAACCCGGGAAUCUGGAAUUCGGCGACCUCCUUCAAGUCGAGGUCAUCGAUUCCGACAGGCUAUGGUACGGGUUCGCGCCUCGGUACGCGACGAAGAUCAUCGAUAAGGCGGCUGUGGGGAUGUGCAAGAUCGCCGAUCUCACGUCUCAACAACGACACGACGCGAUCAAGGUUAUCGAGAAGGAGCCUGCCCCGAGAGAUUCCAUUGGCCGGUGUCAGGACUGGACUUUUGAUGCUUUGCUGUCUUUGGAGAUUGAAGAGCUCGUUCCUUCUGGUACUUCCGAGUUCUGGAAGGGCAUGAUUGGUAGACCGGCGCGAGAAGUUGCAGCAGCUUGUGGAACAAAUUGGACUGCCUUUUGA